AUAAAAUAAAAAACAUAUGAUGAUAAUGUAAUAUCUUCUUAAAAUAUAUUUUUAGAUGUUUUACAUCAAAAAAUUUCCAAGUUUAUUAUUUGUUAUAUUAAUUUCGUUAAUUUUAAUUGUAUACCAUUGAUAUAGCUCGAAAAAGAAAUCAAAGAUGUCGUACAAAUGUUUAAAAAGCAAUGGUGCUAGUAUAGAAGAGACACUUGGAAGUUGGGGCUUUUCUAACAGAGUCUCAAAUUCUGGUCAAGAACUUAGACGUUUAAGAUGUCUCUUUAAUAAGAUGGAUGGAAUGAAAACUAGGAAGCCAAUGAUGUGUGUAAAAUAUAAUUGUUUAUAUGACCCAGACGCAUGGCAUGUAAAACCUAGUCCUGACGAAUGUAAACCUAUUUGGACAAUGCCUAUGAGAAGACCUCUUAUUACAUAUAGCUCUACUGCUGAUAUAAUAAUGACAUCAAAUUUGGAUAGCAUUGGAACAGAUUUGCUUUAUCCUAUUCCAGGACGAAGUUAUCUAUUACAGGGUGUAUGUAAAAGUAUCCAACCAAAUGGAGCAGUUAUAACAUUUAACUUGGUUUAACUUGGUUUUCUUUUAACAGACAGAUAAAUGGUAUCGGCAUAGCCAAUGCUACAAUCAACAGCCAAAUUGUUCAGUACGACAUCCUUGUGCACCACAGUGUUAAAAGCAUAUUAUACAUGUAUAAAGAUAAUGUACGUGAAAGUAAACAUCUGCUAUUCAGAUUUU